AUGAAACAAAAAAAGAAUGGUCUUGAAACGAACUUGAAGGAAAUGGCGGCGACGUUCGUGGCUUUCUCGACGUAUUGCGACACGACAUUCUGGAAUGAGGUGAAUCGGAGGAAGCUGAAUGAAUGGAUGCUUGAUGAGAGUCCACGACGCGUCAUCUGCCAUCCUUCUAUACAUGACACGGUUGGAUCGAGUUGUCGGCUCUCGCUGAGCCACGAAAGUUUCAUCGAAAAGAAUUCGGGAUAUCACGGGGAGAUUAUCCUGUACAAUACUCUAGAAGCAUUCAAGGCCUCGAAUAAAGCGCAGCUUUUAAAGGAUUAUAGUCGGCGGAUUUGGGACAUAAUUCGAAGUGGCGAAUGGAUUAAGCGGCCGGAAUAUUUGGAUUUGUUCUUUAUCAUCGCAUUUGCCGAUUUGAAAAAGUUUAAAUAUGCUUAUUGGACUUGUGUGCCGGCGUUGUGCUAUCCGAAUAAUAUCGGCCAGAAGAUUGUUGCAUUCGACGGUGUUUCGCAACUGCUCAAAUCUCAUUUUAUCGCUACAGGCGAGACGAUUUUCAUUUUUGAAAACGGAAAAAUCGAAAAUAUUUCGAAACUCUUGGAAAUCGAGAAGUCUGAAAAUGUAUAUAUAGUGCUUGCCGAUCCUUCGCCGGUUCCGAAUGCUGCUGGCUGGCCGGCUCGCAAUCUGCUGGCGGCGAUCGCCGUCUCGCGUCCGACCUGGACCGGCGUUCAGGUCGUCGCUUUGCGCGGCGGCACCAAUUGUCAGGUGUUCCAGUACACGUGGGAGUCGAGCGAGACGCCCACCGAAUGCCCCAAGUCGGUUGGAUGGGAACGCGAUGCGCAAGGAAAACUGUCGCCGUAUCAGGUCGACCUCAGCACACAGUUUGAUCCGAAAAAGCUGAUGGCUCAAUCCGUCGAUCUCAACCUGUCGCUGAUCAAAUGGCGCCUCGUGCCGGACAUCCAACUGGAUCGUUACGUGCAGCUGAAGGUGCUCAUAUUCGGAGCGGGAACGCUCGGAUGCAAUCUCGCGCGUGGCCUCAUCGGCUGGGGUGUUCGCAACAUCUCGUUCGUCGACAAUUCCACAGUAAGCUACAGUAAUCCAGUGCGACAAUCGUUGUCGGAGUUCGCCGACGCGCGAGACGGUCGAGGGAAAGCGGAGACGGCGGCGGCGGCGCUCAGGCGCAUCUUUCCGCAAAUUGAAGCCGAAGCUCAUCGGAUCACCGUGCCGAUGCCGGGCCACACGAUUGAUGCUUCGCAAGAGCAGAAGCUUGCUGAGGAUGUCGAGUUCCUGGACAAACUUGUUGAACGGCAUGAUGUUGUGUUUCUGGCGUUGGAUAGUCGAGAAGCCCGAUGGUUGCCGACAAUUUUGGCUAAUAAGCAUAGAAAAAUCGCCAUCAGUGUCGCACUCGGAUUCGAUACCUACGUGAUUAUUCGGCAUGGAAUCGGAUUCUCGGCGAAUUCUGGCGAAUCGAGAGUGGCUUCAAUCUCGCUGAAUGAGAAGGUGCCGUAUGAUCAGCUGUCGUGCUACUUUUGCAGUGACGUGACCGCACCCGGGAACAGCACUUCCGAUAGGACACUCGACCAACAGUGUACUGUCAGCCGACCCGGUUUGAGUAUGGUGGCGUCGGGCGUCGCCGUCGAGCUUCUCUCGUCGAUUCUACAAUUUGCAAACCCUUUGGAAGCGCCGGCGAAUCUCGGCGAAGCUGACGAUUCGACGUCGCUUCUGGGUGCCGUACCGCAUCAGAUUCGAGGAUUCAUCAGCAAAUUCCAGCAGAUGACGCCAUGUGUUAAGCGAUUCGACAAAUGUGUCGCUUGCGGAGCCGCUGUUGCCCAACAAUUCGAGCAGAACGGAUGGAAAUUUGUGAGAAAUGUAAUGAAUUCUCCGUCUCAUCUGGAAACUGUGACAGGUCUCGACCAGCUACAGUACUCUGUCAAUGAUGUGGAAAUCGAUUUCGAUGAUUCCGAUUCGGCUGCCUCCCUUUAA